ACGAAUUUAUUAUUUUUCAGCUUAAAAAAUUUCUACUGACCCGCAUGUGUAAAUCAGCCGUUCAAAAACAUAAAAUAAAUGUACAUGUAACUGGACCACGGUAUGUGUUACACAGCAUGUAUUCAAUGAUGUAAACAUGCCCGAUUAGAUAAUGUUCUCUGGCGUAUAUUCCAGUAGUAUGGCGUUUGGUCCAAGCAAAGUGCGAGUUAUGAACUUAUGUGUCUAGAGCCGAUACAGAAAGAACAUCCUCCUAGAAAACAAAGAACUAUUAGUGAACUCAACUUUUGGGGGAGCGCUGUAUGGGGGGCACUGUAUGAAAACUGAAAAACCGAUAGACACCCAAGCGAGAUCGCUAAGCAGCUAAACAAACAAGGACUGUGUGGCACCAGCCAGCAGCGAAGGGCAAGGAGAUGUCAGCGUGUCGCCUGCAGCGGCUUCGGACUCUGUGGAAACUACACGUUGACGAAUACGUUAGGCGUUAAAAGCGAUGAAGUAGGAGGAAUCCCACAGAGCGCUGUUUGUUGUAGCGCCUACACCGGACACGUUAGGAUGGGCUGAGGAAUGGAGGCCGGACUGCCGUUUCUACACGCAGAAGGACAAACCCAGUCCAGACAACAGACAAGUGGUGUUAUCAACCCGGGCCCAGAAGACUCCAUUCCUUUUAACUGACAGUCGCCACACAGUCAAACUCCUCGGACUGGUCAUUAAAUUGUCCGGCGCGGUAUAAGAGGAUAUGGAUGAAAGUGUCUCAGGGCGUGUUUAUUAGCCAGUUAGCCGCCGAUCUGUAGCAUUUCCACUCAACCGAAAACGUCCAAAGUGCUAGACUGCUGGCUGCUUUAAAGCCAGCAAGCCGGCUGGCUAGUAGAAACUUAUAAGAACGGCUCGUUGGAGUAGAGGUUACACAUUUACAGGAAAGUAAGUGAAUAUUAUAAAUACAUAUUAGCCGUUCACCAAAGGCAUCAGAACAUACUUCAUGGUAUACACCAAGGGGAGGCCAUUGUUUGUAACUGUCUAGCUGUCUCGCUAGCAUGCAUAAGAUGAUUUAUAUCCGUUAAUGUAUUGUAUGUGAGUCUUAUUGUAGUUUAACAUUUUAUCCAUUGUUAGCAAGCAAAUCAUUUGCACGAUUUACACUGCCAGAUAGUAUUUAUUUACUGUAGCGUUAUAACGUUGCUAAAACGAUGUAUCGCGAAGUACAUUGCUAGCUGAGAUUCUUACAACAUAGCUAUUUGCUGGCAACUUACCUUUAACGUAACAAAACAAUUGUAGGUCUAUGGGAGUUUUAAUUUAGGUCCGCUUAACCUGUCAGGUGCAGAAGUAACGUGCUGUCUUACGUAGCGAUGGCUACCCUAAGCGGCUGCAGGAUUUAUUCGGACAGCGACAUUAUUUAUUGAAAUACUAGUUACUUUAGGGAGUCAUUCACUAAAUUCAAGUAUUUGUUGAAUAAAGUUUAAUGAGCGAUAUAAACGCCGAAAAGUUCGUUUCUCUACUGUCCGUAAAUGCACCAAAUGUUGCUAGAAAUGGACGGGGAGGAUUUCGUGCCACCGCCUGAAUGCCCCGUUUUUGAACCGUCGUGGGAGGAGUUCGCAGAUCCAAUGGGUUACAUAGCCAAAAUCCGUCCCAUCGCUGAGAAAUCCGGAAUUUGCAAGAUCCGCCCUCCUCCGGACUGGCAACCUCCCUUUGCUGUUGAGGUGGAUAGCUUCCACUUCACUCCGAGAAUCCAGAGGCUCAAUGAGUUGGAGGCGGAGACCCGUGUGAAGUUAAACUAUCUGGAUCGCAUUGCCAAGUUCUGGGAGAUCCAGGGCUCCUCCCUAAAAAUUCCCAACAUCGAGAGACGGAUAUUGGACCUCUUUGGCUUGUCCAAGAUUGUGGCUGAAGAAGGAGGCUUUGAGUCUGUCAGUAAGGAGAGGCGAUGGGCUCGUGUGGCCCAGAAGUUGGGGUACCCACCUGGGAAGAACAUCGGCUCCCUGCUGCGCUCUCAUUAUGAGAGGAUCAUAUACCCCUUUGAGGUGUUCCAGUCAGGCGCCAUUUUGCCAGUGAAGCAGUGCAAACCAAGGCCAUAUGACAGUGAAGAGGUGGAUAAGGAGUACAAGCCUCACUCUAUCCCCCUCCGCCAGUCAGUCCAGCCCUCCAAGACCAGCAGCUAUGGGCGCCGAGCCAAUCGCUUACAGCCAGAUGGCCCCGAUGACUUGUCUUCCCACACUCUCUCUGCCGGCUCCCGACACACUUCGCCGGAGCCCACUGAAGAAGAUAUAGAAAAGAAUCCUGAGCUGAAGAAGCUACAGAUCUAUGGAGCCGGACCCAAGAUGAUGGGCCUGGGGCUGAUGGCAAGGGACAAGGGGAACCGAAGGAAAGAUGAACUGCCACAGACAGUGAUCGUGCGGGACAGUGUCGUGGUUAAAGAUGAACCUGGAGAGGACAGGGGGGAGGGCAAAAUGCACCUGCCCCCCACGGACAGGACAGUGAAGGAGGAGUCUGGGGACAAAUACGGCUAUGAUGGUGACCGGGAGGAGCCAUGCACCAAGAUGACCAUGCGGCUGAGGCGCAACAUGAGCAACGCGCAGUUCGUGGACUCCUUUGUGUGUCGGAUGUGCGGCCGGGGUGAUGAGGACGAGAAGCUGCUGCUGUGCGACAGCUGCGACAACAACUACCACACCUUCUGCCUGCUGCCUCCACUCAGCGAGCCGCCCAAGGGUGACUGGCGCUGUCCCAAGUGUGUGGCAGAGGAGUGCAAGAGGCCGGCGGAGGCCUUUGGCUUUGAGCAGGCCACUCGGGAGUACACCCUGCAGAGCUUUGGGGAGAUGGCCGACACCUUCAAGGCCGACUACUUCAACAUGCCCGUCCACAUGGUGCCCACGGAGCUGGUGGAGCGGGAGUUCUGGAGGCUGGUCAGCAGCAUAGAGGAGGACGUCACCGUGGAGUACGGGGCCGACAUCCACUCCAAGGAGUUCGGCAGUGGGUUCCCAAUGAACAACGGCAGGCGGCAGCUGACGGCGGAGGAGCAGGAGUACGCCCGCAGCGGGUGGAACCUGAACGUCAUGCCUGUGUUGGAGCAGUCUGUCCUUUGCCACAUCAACGCCGACAUCUCGGGCAUGAAGGUGCCCUGGCUCUACGUGGGCAUGGUCUUCUCCGCCUUCUGCUGGCACAUCGAGGACCACUGGAGUUACUCCAUCAACUAUCUGCACUGGGGGGAGCCCAAGACGUGGUAUGGGGUUCCCAGAUCGGCGGCCGAGUCGCUGGAGGAGGUGAUGAAGAAAAUCACCCCUGAGCUGUUUGAGUUCCAGCCCGACCUGCUGCACCAGCUGGUCACCAUCAUGAACCCCAACAUCCUCAUGGCCCACGGGGUGCCGGUGGUCCGUACCAACCAGUGCGCGGGGGAGUUUGUUAUUACCUUCCCCCGGGCGUACCAUGCUGGCUUUAACCAGGGGUACAACUUUGCAGAGGCUGUCAACUUCUGCACUGCUGAUUGGCUGCCAGCCGGACGCUCCUGCAUCGAGCACUACCGGCGUCUGCGCAGAUACUGCGUGUUUUCGCAUGAGGAGCUCGCCUGCAAGAUGGCCGCCUGCGCAGAGAGGCUGGACCUGAACCUGGCUGCUGCUACUCACAGGGAGAUAUUCAGCAUCGUGCAGGAGGAGAGGCAGCUACGCAAAAAGCUGCUGGAGAGGGGCAUCACGGAGGCAGAGCGCGAGGCCUUUGAGCUCCUCCCUGACGACGAGAGGCAGUGUGACAAAUGCAAGACGACGUGCUUCCUGUCUGCUCUGGCCUGCUAUAGCUGCCCCCAGCGCCUGGUCUGCCUCUACCACACACAGGACCUCUGCGGCUGCCCCACCAACAAACACUACCUCAGGUACAGGUACACUCUGGAUGAGCUGCUGUCUAUGCUGCACCGCCUCAAGGUGCGAGCCGAAUCCUUUGAUUCCUGGGCGAACAAAGUGAAGGAAGCACUGGAGAAUGAGGGGGGCGUGAAAAAAGCAGACGUGGAAGAGCUGGAAGCACUGAAGAUGGAAGCCGCCGAGAAGAAAUUCCCCAACAACGACCUUCUCCAGCGGCUAAGCGGCGCGUUGAGUGACUUUCAGCACUGCAAGACCGUCAGUGCUGAGCUCCUGAGCGGCUCACACGGCAGGGGGAUGACCCUAGCCGAGUUCAGGGCUCUGGUGGAGAAGAUGAGCAGCCUGCCCAGCCUCUUCAGCCCUCUGGAGCAGGUGCAGGCCUUGCUCCUGUCAGUUGAGCAGUUCCAGAGCCGGGCCCAGGCCUUCCUGGACAGUUGCGACUGCAGCCGGGCCCCACCCCCCUCGGAGCAGCUGCAGGACUUGCUGGAGGAUGGGGAGAGGCUGGUCGCCGAGCCGCCCGCCCUGGGGCUGCUGCGGGGCCUGCGGGAACAGGGUCACUGGCUGGGGGAGGUGCAGCGGGCGCUGGGCCGGCAGGGAAGCGAGGCACCGGCGUCAGUUACACUGAGCGUCCUGCGUAACUUGAUGGAGACCGGUUGUAACGUGCCGCAGAGCAGCGCCGUGGAGACGGCCAUGGCCGAGCUGCAGGAGCUGCUCACCAUCGCCGAGCGUUGGGAGGAGAAGGCGCAGAUCUGCUUGGAGCACAGGCAGAAGCAUCCGCUCUCCACGCUGGAGGCCAUCGUCAACGAAGCUACGAUGAUCCCCGUGCAGCUGCCCAACAUCCUGUCCCUGCAGGGCUGCCUGAGCCGGGCUCGGGCCUGGGUCACCGACUUGGAGGAGAUCCAGAACGGGGAGCACUACCCCUGCCUGGACGACCUGGAGGGGCUGGUGGCCAUCGGCAGGGACUUACCCGUGCACAUGGAGGAGCUUAGGCAGCUGGAGCUCCAGGUGGCCAGCGCCCAUUCAUGGAGAGAGAAGGCCAGCAAGACCUUUCUCAAGAAGAACUCGCAGCAGAGCCUGCUGGAGGUGCUGUGUCCCUGCGUGGACAGGAAGCGGCAGCGGCGCGACGGCAGGGUGUCCAAAGCCGACUCGGACAGUCUGGGUCUCACGGCGCAGGACCUGCGGGAUCCAGCUGCCAUCGUGUCUGCCUUCAAAGAAGGAGAAAGGAGGGAGAAGGAGGCUGUACAGCGGCUCCAGGAGGUCAACUUGGCGAAGCCGGCACUUAGGAAUGGCGACGGUGAGGCAUGGUGGAAGGGGAGGGAGGGUAGGGCGGAGCAGGAUGCCUGCAGCCCCUUGCCGGACUCCGGAAAGGACGGAGCAGUUAUCGACCUGACGGAGACUCCCGAGCAGCCGCCGCCUGCGGACGCCCCUGAGGUCUGCGUGUGUGGGCAGCCCCCCCGACCCCCAAUCCUCCGCUGCCACCUCUGCCAGGACUGGUUCCAUGGCGGCUGUGUCCCCUUUCCCUCCCUCUCGCUCCCUGCUAAUCCCCUCUGCUGGUGGGACUGGGACACGCGCUUUCUGUGCCCACUGUGCCAACGCUCACGCCGCCCGCGGUUGGAGACCAUCCUGGCGCUGCUGGUGGCGCUGCAGAAGCUUCCAGUGCGGCUCCCCGAGGGCGAGGCGCUGCAGUGCCUGACGGAGAGGGCCAUCGGUUGGCAGGGCCGUGCCAGGCAGGCACUCGACAGCCCCGAGCUGAGGGCAGCCCUGCAGACGCUGCGGGCACUCCAGGACACACUGCGGGGGAUGGGUGACUGUGGGGGCGGGGCCAAGGAUGAGGGCGGGGCCAAGGAUGGGGGUGGGGCCAAGGACGACGUCAUAGUGCUGUCUGACUCUGAUGGAGCGGAGAAGGGCGACCGGGAGGACAGCGUGAUAGACCUGACGGAGGAUGACGAUCCCCGCAGGAAGGGGGCUGAAUGUGAAAAUGGACACAGCAGGAAAGGGGGCACUAAUGGGGUCAAAGGCACCGAAUCCCUACUCGCCCUGCUUCCCCGAUUGAGGGGUCCCGUCAUAGAGCUCUCCUCUGCCACCCGAGCUCAGCUGGAGGAGCUGCAGCUCGAGGGCGACAUGCUGGAGGUCACCCUGGACCAGUCGCAAGUCAUUCACCGGCUCCUGCAAGCAGUAUCUGAGCCCCCCCGCCACACGCUGCACAGUCUUAUACUGAUCCGGUUGCAGGAGCAGGGCGGCGCCGGGCGUGCGGGCCGAGCAAAGGACUCGAAGAGGAAGAGGAAGAGCCAAAGAGGCGAGGGAGAGGAGGAGCAAACCACCACCGCCCAAGAUGCCUCGGAGUCGAAGAAAACACGCCCUCUGAAGCAGGAGGCCCCCCAGACACUUCCGCAGACGCUCUCGGAGAUCUUGUGAUGAGUUGCUGAUGGGGAAAGUCAGAAGGACACAGCGGAGGGGGGGGGGGGUGGCAGCAGAUGAUGGACAUACUCUGGCGGGACACACCUUGGCAUUAUCCCAAGUUCGUCGGUCCCCCUACACUGACAGGUUUCUGCUUUUGUUGCUCGACCGUGUGCUCCCGCUCUCCGCCCUCUCCAAGCUCGCCAUAGUCCUCCCCCGGACCCUCACGGCUCUCGGUCAAACCUACCGCUCCAGGUCUCGCGGCACAGUCCUGCACUCCUCUUCACCUUUUGCCAGAAUCUCAUCCCGGUUUGCAUCCGGAGGCGGUGCGAGUGUGGGAUCGUUUUCUAUCAGACCCCUUAGAGCACAGCACAUCCCAGUCCCUGACUUUGUGAAUACUUUUUUUUUGGAAGGACAGUAUCCCAGACAUACCAUGUUCGCAACUUGCUAAUUUUCUACCUGGUCCCCUGUUCACAGGGGCAGUUUGUAAUGGAUUGUGCUUCAGAAGGACAUACUGAGAAUAAAAGGAAACAAUUGUAAGUUCCUUGGUGCUACUUCACUGUCAGCAGGUCAUCUUUUCCUUUACCCCCCCCCAAGCCCCCCAUCCUUGUACCUCUCUGCCUCCUUUUCUUACUUCCUCAAGUUGUUGUAAACUUCACAUUUUCUCCACACCCUUGGUUUCUAAUGGGUUCCGAUAGUUUGUUAUUGUUAUUAUUGAUAAUAUGGUAUUGAUAAAAAUGCAGACACGCGGUUGUGUGUUUGUGUAUAAAGCUUCUUUUUGAUGUUGCCUUUUUAGUUCCCUUUUCUCCUUGUUAGAAAAAUAAAGGCUCAAUAUUGUUUUAAGAA